CAGCGGUGCGGGCCCGGAGCGUAUCCUAACGGCGCCGCGGAAGCUAGUGCUCUCCGUUUCCAGUCCGCGUCCCUCCCUGGGCCGGGCUGCCACUCUUGCCUGUCCCGUCCCUCAUGGCGCUUCUCCGACGCCCCGCGGUGUCCACCAAUUUGGAGAAUGUUGACACAGGAGUUAGUACUAAACCUAAAAGUCAUGUGACUAUCAGGCGGGCAGUUUUAGAAGAAAUUGGAAAUCGAGUUACAGCCAGAGCCACACAAGUAGCUAAGAAAGCUCAGAACACUAAAGUACAUGUUCCACCCACCAAAACAACAAAUGUCAACAAGCACCUGAAACCUACUGCUUCUGUGAAACCAGUACAGAUGGAAGUGUUGGCUCCAAAGGGUCCCUCUCCCACAGCCGAGGAUAGCGCCACGAAGGAAGAGAACCUCUGCCAAGCUUUCUCUGAUGCCUUGCUCUGCAAAAUCGAGGAUAUUGAUACUGAAGAUUGGGAGAACCCUCAGCUCUGCAGCGACUAUGUUAAGGAUAUCUACCAGUAUCUAAGGCAGCUUGAGGUUCUGCAAUCCAUAAAUCCACAUUUUUUAGAUGGAAGCGAUGUAAAUGGGCGCAUGCGUGCCAUCCUGGUGGAUUGGCUGGUACAAGUCCACUCCAAGUUCAGGCUGCUGCAGGAAACUCUGUACAUGUGCGUUGCCAUCAUGGACCGAUUUUUACAGGUUCAGCCAGUCUCUCGUAAGAAGCUUCAGCUGGUUGGGAUUACAGCUCUGCUCUUGGCUUCCAAGUAUGAGGAGAUGUUUUCUCCAAAUAUUGAAGACUUCGUUUACAUCACAGACAAUGCUUACACCAGUUCUCAAAUUCGAGAAAUGGAAACUCUAAUUUUGAAAGAACUGAAAUUUGAGUUGGGUCGACCUUUGCCACUGCAUUUCUUAAGGCGGGCCUCAAAAGCUGGGGAGGUUGAUGUUGAACAGCACACUUUAGCCAAAUACUUGAUGGAACUGACUCUCGUUGACUACGACAUGGUGCAUUAUCACCCUUCUAAGGUGGCAGCAGCCGCUUCCUGCCUGUCCCAGAAGGUUCUAGGCCAAGGAAAAUGGGAAGUAUGCAUUCUCACCGAGAGAGAGUUCGUGUCCAAAUGUCGGACACGAACCCAAACAUCAGGAAGCACAGACAAAUCCAGAAUGUGGGACAUUCUCAAAGCAACUGGCCUGGAUCCUUCAAAACAGUCAAUGUCAUUUAUAAAGCCAAGAACGUGGGAGUUUUAAAUUAAACACUAAAGGCAACAACAACCAGAUGUACGUGUGUACCUUCAUUGGAUCCUGGAUGUAAAAAGAGAAGUCUACAAAAGCUAUUUUUGCAACAAUUGGAGAAAUUUGCAUAUUGACUAUAUAUCAGGCGAUAUCAUGGAACUGUUGCUGUUUCUUAUGUGAUAUGUGUUCUCUGGGAGGUAUUGUGGCGAGGGAGGAACAUGCUUUUUAGGAGAUGCUUCUGAAACACUUAGAACUGAUGUGUCAUGGUGGCUGCAACUCAUUUUCAAAUGGUUCCGCCGCUUGAUGGCUUCAAAAAUCACACACAAUUUUUGCUGAACCAUUUGAAAGUGAGUUGCAGGUGCCGCGAGUGAGAGAGAGGAGAGAAAAAGUGGCAAAAUGUUAAGAAUUGAUGAAGCUGCACCAAGAAUAUACAGAUGUUCCUUACCUUAUUCUUUCAAUUUUUCUAUAGAUUUGAAAUUUUUUGACAUAAAAAUUGGAGACAGAAAGGCCGCGGGUACACGUAUGGCACAUGGACUUGGGACCAGUGCCUCAUUUUAGCCAAAUCACUCUUAGAGGUGCUUCCUUGGCUCUAAACCUAUUAACUAUAGGCCUCCUUGUUUUCUGGCAUCUGAUUUCAAAAUACUAGUAAUUGUGCAUUACAUCAGGAUUCACUCCUGCUCAGUUCUUUUUUCCUUUAAACUAUUUUAGGAUUAAGGUUAUAUCAUGGUUUAUUUUCCCGAUUGUGCAUGUGAAAGGGGUGUGUUUUAGCUUCUAGAAUUUUAUCACAAAACUGAAAUAAAGUCAGGCUACAUAUCUUCAUACAAAAUAAGUCUUAUCAGUCUUGUCCUUUUGCUUGAAUUUUGUUCUCUGGGAGGCUGGGCGUAGAUGCUUUUCUGAGUGUUCUGUGUUAUCUGGUGCUUAACUACACAGGGCCCAGCAAGAGAGUGCUGGGAGGUCUUCAUUCUUCUGGGUUUGGUAGCUUAGGUUGCCACUUAUGGGCCAGUUUAUUUCUUAGUCCUGAACCUCUUUCCCUGACUGACAAUAUGGAUAUCUGGGCUCUUGAGCUCCCCACCAGCCACUGCCAGGCAGGGCUUUAAAGAGGGGACGGAAAUGUGCUAGACCCAGAUCUCUGCCCUUAUUGUACACCCUUUGUUGGGUUUGUUUAUACUGUGUCCCACUUUCUUCCCCUGUCCGUGUGAUGACAGAGGUAAGCAUGAAAGCUUUGUUACUUGAAACGCCCUACUUACCUGUGCAACCUUCUUUAAAACAUAAUUAUUUGGGACCGUCGCCAUUUGAUUUAGCCGAGAACUACCCAGCAUCUUAAUUCAGUCCUUCUCAGAGCCAGAGUCAUCCUGCAUUUUACUGGCUGCUUUGCUGGUAGUGGUUGGGGCUGAGACUGAAUUUCCAGCAGGUAAGAAUAUUUUUUAUAGCUUCUACAUUAGUAAUGUCAGUGUGUGUAAG